CUGGGUUUGUAUCUAUCCACUCCCGAAAGCCGUUUCUAUUGCACUCGUUUAGGAACGGUAGCGAUGCUCGGUUGCCGCCGCGCGAACGGUAGCGCUGCUCAGUUGCCGCCACGCGCUACUGUCACAACCGACAUGAUUGUGGUGCUCAAGAGGUACAAUUCGCAGUCUCUGGUUACGGCAGGCGAGUGUAGGAACGGGAGCGCUGCUCAGUUGCCGCCACGCGUUACUGUGACAGCCGGCAUGAUUGCGGAAAGCCGUUUCUAUCGCGUUCCUUUAGGAACGGUAGCGCUGCUCAGUUGCCGCCACGCGUUACUGUGA